GGAUUUCGUCUCGUAUAACCGCCGUCGGCCCAGGGAUAUCAAUUUCAUGUAUGAUGAUGAUAAUGUAUAGCCCCUUCCUCUUCCUGUUUCUGGGGUCAGGAUUCGGGGGGGAGGGGGAAUUGGGGGUGAGGGCGAUUGAAUGAAGAGGGUUGACAGGCGGGACCGAAGGAGUGAAGUAUCAUACUCGAGUGAUCUCUUUCCCGCGGUUCGUUCUUGGGUUCUAUUCUCACGCCUCUGUCGUCUGUUGUGUUUAUCAUCUGCAUGGGGGGUCUAUUGGCGCGGGCGUAUCUGGAGUUUUUCUCUUGUUCUUGUUUCUGGUUUCGAAAUCCCUUGGCUGGCUGAGGCUGAGGCUGGGAUUCACACGGAUCUCCUACAUCUCCCAUCUCCCACCUCCCACCUCCCACCUCCCAUCCUUCCGCUAGCAUUUGGACUUCCACAUCCACAUAUCUUCUUACUGCCUCGCCUAAUGCUUCCCCGUCUUGCCUUGUCUUGUCUUCUGUUUCAUCUGUGAAUCCAAGAAAUGAACCACGAUAUCUCUACUAAUACUAUUCGAUGACCGUCUUCUAACUCCGUUAAAAACCGUACGAUGUAACCAGCUAGAUGCAAAAUCAGAUUCUCGUUCACAAAGAUGGACAUAACCCACUAGAAGACAAGGAAACUAUGGACGGGGAAUCAUUUGAAAAGAAAAGAAAAAUGC